GCUAGUUCGAGGCGCUGCAGGCCGCCGAGGUGCUUUUGCGGCCGCCCCGGGAGCCGAGCAGCUGCCCGCGCCGCCGCCCGACCUCCACGAGGACAUCAAUAAUUCCCAAGAGGCUGCCCGCGCCGCCGGAGCCGCGCCACGAUGCGCACGACACGUAGAAAGGCCGCCGCGCCACUAUGCAUCUCGGGCAACGAGAUGGAGCGCCUUCGAAGCUUCACGCGGCCGCCCCCCAAGAAAGAAGAAGAUUUAAGGAACGAGCACUUGAAAAAACUCAGUGAGGAGCGCGUCAAAAACUGGCCGAACACGUUAGCCGCGCAGCGGAAAAAAAAGGAGCAGUGGAAGGAAAUUAGAGCUGCGGAAGAGGAGGCCUACCGCGUCAAGGUCGACAACGAGGAGCGCGAACUGCGCGAGGCCGCCGCCGCGAAGGCCUACGCGAAGGCGAAGUACCUCAAGUUCGAGAACCAAGAUAAAACGAAGUUUUUGCGCGCCCAGCAGUUGUAUUCUGAUUGUGUCUACGAAAGACAAGAACAAAUUAGGGAGAAGGAGGUCAUGAAGCUCUGGGAGAAGGAGAAGGAGAAGGCGUAUCAUGAGGACGUCAUGCGCCACGUCGCCGAGGGCGACCGGCGAGAGGCCGCGGAGUUAGAGGCAAGAAAACUGAAAAACGCCGUCAUCUGCAAGCAGCAGCAGGCGCAAUUAGCGGAGUUCCGCGAGAAUUAUCUCGAGCGACUGAGGAUUGAAAAGCGCGACGGCGAGCUCAUCCAGAAGAAAGUGGCGAGCAACCUCAAGGAGGACGUGCGCGCCCGAGAGGAAGAGGCCAUCAAGCAGCAGCUCAAACGCAAUGAAAACAAGCUCGCGAACGAGGAGCUCAAGAAGCUGAGGCUCGAGGCAGCUGUUGAAGAUCAGAUCAUCGACGCGCGCGUAAAAAAAGAAGUGAAGCGCAAGGAAUACUACGACGCGGAGAUCAAGAAGCAGAAAGCGAGGAUGUUCGCCGAGAAGCAGCGCAUCAAGCAGCGAUUGAUCGACAACGCGACGCGUAACCUCAUGAACCAGAUGGCGGCGGAUGAAUCGGCCCUGGAGGAGCAAGUGGAAGCGAUGAGGAAGAAGGAGGACGACUUGGAGGCUUUGAAGCAGCGGAACAUCAAGGAGCAGAAGUUGGCCAUUGACCAGGCGUGUAAGUCGGCGAUGGCUCGCCGUGCUAGAGAACGGGAGGAAGAUGAAAGACAGACUGCCGAAAUGGUCAAGGCCUGGCGGGCCAAGAAUAAAGAAAUAGAUGACGAGGCCGAGGCCGACGAGAAACGGCGCCAUGACGAGCUCAUGGAUCUGAAGAAAACGCAAUAUGAGCAGAGGGAGCAGUACCGAGCGCGCGUGCGCCAGGAACGGGCCGAUCGCUUGUCGGGCGAUACGGGCGAAGCCAACCGUAUAUUGCAGGAAGAUCUCGAGUUCAGACAAGAAGCGCAGCGCGAGAUCGACAAGGCGAAAGCGGCGGGCCGGCCGUGGUACAUGCUCCAGAAGGCGAAGGAGGCGAAGGAGCGGGCGCUGUUCCCUUCCGGGGGGUCGGGGAAGGCCUAAGUUGUCUUCUUCUUU